UGUCCAAAAUAGAACUCGAGGGAUGACGUGUAUGUAUGGGUCCUUCGGACUUCCGGGUGUGUGUAAAUAGAUCGCAAACGGAGUUGCCUCGCCCAAAAGAUGUCUAAGGUAACGUUUAAAAUCACCCUGACGUCGGACCCCCGGCUGCCAUACAAAGUAUUAAGUGUCCCUGACAGCACACCAUUCACAGCAGUUUUGAAGUUUGCUGCUGAGGAGUUCAAAGUGCCAUCAGCUACCAGUGCAAUCAUAACAAAUGAUGGAAUAGGAAUCAACCCUGCCCAGACAGCGGGCAACGUGUUUCUCAAACACGGCUCAGAGCUUCGCAUCAUUCCCAGAGACAGAGUGGGAGGACAAGGAGACUGACGCAGCGUUUCCUUGUUGGGCAGCAACAUGACUCACCCGGCAGAAUCAUAUAACACUUGAGACCCAGGAAACACCUCAGCUUGUGUCAUAUUUAUUUUCUGGCCCGCAACUGACAGUGACUCACACGAGAAUAUACAGUAUACAUAUUUAAGGUUGAUGAUGACAUGCACACACACAUGCUCCCUACUUCUUCAUUCUCGAUUAGGUUUAUUCUCUCUGUAAGUGUAGUAGCAGCAAAAGGUUAACAUUUAUCAGAAGUACUGGGUAAUUUAUACAUAAGCACAGCACCUGCAUCAUGGAACUAUGAGUGCUAUCAUUUAACAACAAUUCUAGCUUUUGUAUCUUUGUAAAUGACAAUAAAUCAUCCAUAUGACUAACAGCAA